CUUGCAGCGAUUGAAGCAGGAGGUGCCAGGAGUUAACCGGAGAUGAAUGCCCCGGAUCGAUAUGAGCGCUUUGUGGUGCCCGAGGGCACCAAGAAGGUGUCGUAUGAGAGGGAUACAAAGAUCGUGAAUGCUGCAUCCUUCACCAUCGAGCGUGAGGACCACACCAUUGGCAACAUUGUUCGCAUGCAGCUGCACAGGGACCCAAAUGUGCUCUUUGCUGGCUAUAAGCUCCCUCACCCUCUUCAGUACAAGAUUAUUGUCAGGAUCCAUACCACAAGUCAGUCGUCCCCAACACAGGCCUACACCCAGGCCGUCAAUGACCUAGACAAGGAGCUCGAGUACCUUAAGCAAGCUUUUGAGGUUGAGAAGAACAGGUACGAGGAAAGGGCGAAGCAGGGGUUCUGAAUUCAUGGUGCCUGAUAUCUGACAUAAAAACUCCGUGGGUAGUCUUAUCUUUAUCCGAUGCGUGAGUUGCCUUGAAACAAACACCCAAGGGUUGUGACUUUGUGAGCAUGAUGUGGGACUGAUCCCUGAACCCCAAGGCGCAUGAGUCGCCUGAAAACCAUUGCUCAAGGAUAUUGUGUAACCUGCUGCCAGACUGAUCUCUGAACUAUGAGUGCCUUUGUCUAUCACGAACCUGUGCCAAGAGUCCAGUACCGCGUGGUUAAUCUGACAUUUGCCCA